AUGGAGGACCUCGUGACGUACGCAUGCAGCGGCCGGCUCCCGCCCCUCGGAGGCGCGCUCAUGCGGCAUGUUCGGUGGGAAGACGUCGGCGCCAUGAACAUGACGCCGAGCAAGCUCUGCAAGCUCGGGCAGACGCUCGUGCGCCAGCUGCGCGCCGGGGACGCCGACAUGGCGGCGCCGCUCUGGGUCUGGACAUGCACCCUCGUCGCCAAGAGCUUCCUCUGCCCGACGAAGACCGAGUUUCAUGCGUGGUACGCUGCAGUCGUUAUCGCAGCACCGACCGUGGACCUGCCGCCGACGCUCUGUGACCUCAUGGACACGGCGAUGCUCAUGCGCGGCCUUUUUAUCGGAAUCACCAACGUCUGCCCCAUGACGGCCAAGAUGAAGCAGGCGUCUCGCGCGCUGUGCAUCAAGUACGAUGUGACGCAUGAUGUCGUGCUCGCCAACUGGGAGAAGCAAGCCGCCAUCGACCGGAAGCUGGAUGUUUGCACGCUUGUGCUUGACGACGCCUCGAGUCGAGCGCAGAUCGAUCUCCUCCUCAAGCUUCUGCGGCGCGCGAGGGAUGAUGUCCAGUGGUCGUCGCUACUCUUGAAGCUGCUGGAGCCCCGACCGGCGUUAGCACUCGUUCUGCUACCAGAGGUCGCGACCGUCUUGGCCACAACCAAGCCGUCGAAAGCCGCUCGAAAGCUCGUGCUGGACUGUAUGGGGAUUGUCGCACCAGCGUACUUUUGCCGCGAGCUUGUUUGCAAGGCGCUUGGCGUGCUUCUCGAGGAUCCAGACGCGACGCUGCGUCUCGCGGCGCUCAAACUCACGAUGCAGCUUCGAAGCGCCCAUCGUGAGGCCUUUGUCGUCGGUCAUGACCGCGAUCUGCAGCAGGCGCUCGUCGCAGCCAUCGUCCACGACAGCGCGAAAAGCGUUGUUGUCGCGUCGGUACACGCCCUUGCGACGCUUCUGCACGAAGAACCAGCUUCUGAGGCCGUCGAUUUACCAGCGGAGCUUGCGGGCCACUUGAUCUCAAAGUUCAUUUUGGUCAAGGCAGCGCCGGCAGCCGAGGCAACCCACGAGCACGUCGCUACACUUCUGCAUGCUUCGUCGCUUCCUAUCGACUUGAACACGUUCAUGGCGGCGGUUGCGGUUGCCGAUGUCGAUCAAAAGCGUCGGCUCAUUGACAUCUACGCUCAUCGUCACGGCUUGAGCUGCAUUGAGCCCGCCGCGAUCGCGACGCGCCUCUACACCAUCGUGCACGAGAUCGAGCCUUUCGGCCUGAAUUUGGACAGCACCGAGCGCGUCUUGGUAUUUUUCAGCCAUGUGGCGCCGUCAAACGAAGGAGCAUCGCUAUGGAUCCAAGAACUCUUGCGGCGAUUCGAAAAUGCGAUUGAUCAGUACAGCGCGCCGUGCUCGAUCGGCGUCUUCCUUCUGGCGACAUCGUGGGCUCUGCACAUGCAUCGACGCGCCGUCGAACAAUGCACGGACGGCGCGCUGCAGCUGCUGCACCAGCUUUUUGGCAGCGCCUGUGCUCGCACGCCACACGACGAAUAUGUUGGCGCCCAUGCGUUGCAGUUUCUGCUCGCUGCGCGCUGCAAGAGAGACACGUGGUCGGCGGCGCUGGAGGAUUUGCUCUCCGACUUGCUGUUUUGCGGGCCGUGCCAGCCGCCUUUGAUGCGACUCUGGUACACGCUACCGCAAGCCCAAGAGCGUGUGUACUAUGUCGUUGCCCAUGCCCAAGAUUUGGCCUUUGAUGGUCAUGACUUGGCACGCGUCCAGAGCUUUGUGCGUCUUUUGGGCGUCGUGGCGACAGAGAACGCAAAAUUCAUCGCUCGACAGUGCCCGACGCUGAUGGAAGCAAGCCCGGGCAGCGAGCCGGACGAAGAGCACUACAUGGACGAGUAUGAGCUCGAGAUGGACCAGAAGCGCGCCAUUCAAACUCUGGCGCGGCGUUCUCGCCGCCACAAUCGCUGGUUUUCUGCGCACUAG